UGACGUUUGCUUUUGAAAUCUGCCACCACAAAUGCGCUCGGCACAGUGUGAAACAUAUAAAACAAACGCGUUUAAUUUUCGUGUUAAUUUUUCACGUUCAGCAUAAAAAUAAAUGUAAUAAGUGUUUCCAUACUACCGUAAGGAUGGCACCUACAGUCCAAAACGGGUCCAAUGGAACCGAUAAGCGUGCCGUGGUUCGUCCACAAGACAAAAGGUCAGAGCUGAUCACUCGCGUCAAAUUCUGCAACACACUACCGGAUAUCCCAUUCGAUCUAAAAUUCAUUACUUACCCGUUCGAAAAUGACCGCUUCAUUCAAUACAAACCGACAUCGUUGGAACGGAACUAUCGAUAUGAGGUCUUGACGGAGCAUGACCUAGGUGUCACAAUCGAUCUAAUUAACCGGGAUCUCUAUCAAAUCGAUCAUCUAGCACAGUUGGACCCAGCCGAUGAGAAGUUACUUGAGGAAGACAUUCAUACUCCACAAGAUUCAAAGCGCAGUAGCCAACAUGCGAAAUCUGUGUCUUGGUUGCGUAAGUCCGAAUACAUUUCCACUGAACAAACCCGUUUCCAACCGCAAACUAUGGAGAAAGUAGAGGCCAAGGUUGGUUUCAAUGUUAAACAAAGUUUGCGCGAGGAAACACUGUAUAUGGACAGGGAAGCGCAAAUCAAGGCCAUCGAAAAUACCUUCGAGGAUAACAAAAAGGAGAUCAAGAUGCACUAUAGCAAGCCGGGUGUUACCGCGGUGGAGGUACUUCCGGUGUUCCCCGAUUUUGCCAACUGGAAAUAUCCUUGCGCGCAGGUCAUUUUCGACUUUGAUCCCGCGCCAGCCGGUAAAAACGUCCCGGCUCAGUUGGAGGAAAUGUCACAGGCUAUGAUUCGAGGUGUGAUGGAUGAAAGCGGUGAACAAUUCGUGGCCUACUUCCUGCCGACCGAAGAAACUUUAGAAAAAAGACGGCGAGAUUUGGUUAACGAGACACUUUACGAAGACGAAGAGGAGUACGAAUACAAGAUGGCUCGCGAGUAUAAUUGGAACGUCAAGAGUAAAGCUUCCAAAGGCUACGAGGAAAAUUACUUUCUGGUACUUCGACAAGAUGGCGUGUACUAUAACGAGCUGGAAACAAGAGUACGUUUGAGCAAACGUCGCCAGAAAGCUGGCCAGCAACCAAACAACACUAAGCUGGUGGUGAAACACAGACCUUUGAAUGCGCCGGAACAUCGCAUGCAACGUUAUCGCGAACGUCAGUUGGAACCACCUGGGGAAGACGACGAGGAAGAUGUUGAAGAAGAGGAGGAAGAGGAAGAUGAAAUGGAAGAAGAGAUCCAAGAGACUCAAGAAGAUGAUGACAAACAGCUGGAGCAGGAGGAAGGCCGAAGCGAAGCUGGAAGAAGCCGUUCUGGUAGUCGUUCCAGGUCACAAUCUCCUAGUGGAUCAGAGCGAUCUCGUUCUGGGUCUCGUUCUCGGUCGCGAUCUGGUUCACGUUCUCGCUCGGUAUCGCGUAGCCGAUCUCGUUCGGGUAGUCGUUCGAAGAGUGGCAGCCGCAGUCGAAGUGCUUCGCGAUCCAGAUCUCGCUCCGGAUCAAGAUCACACUCCGGUUCCCGCAGCCGUUCGAGAUCUAGAUCCAAGAGCGGAUCUAGAUCCCGUUCGGGAUCGCGUUCACGAUCCGGAUCAAGAAGCCGGUCAGGCACACCGGCAUCGGGUGCAGGAUCACGUAGCCGUUCCGGCAGUCGUUCCGGUAGCGAACACAAAUCUGGCAGUGAAUCAGAGUAAAACACAAAAAUAUAUUCAUUCUUCACCCCUUUUAUGUACGACAAUUCGAUACAGCAAAUAAAUUCUACUAACAAAUUUA